AUCGAUUUUAUUCUCUAUGUCACAUAUUUAUAAGGCCAAAUGGGUCCGACAGCGAAUGACCGAGUUGUACGUUUGGUACUCUCGGCAGUUUAUUGAUUCCAUUGAACGAUUUCGCAGGCGUUCGUUCUGUGUUCGUAAUUUCGUUAGUCGUGACAUUAGAUAGGUGCAGAAGGGUGUCAAGCAAUAAUGAUACGCGCUGAUUAAGAUACGGAAUUCGUAGUAAAUUGUAUAAUUGGUGUGAAAUACUUAAAAAAAUAUGUUUAGUUAACGUUACGGUGCAUACUUAUUAAAGCGGACGAAGUCAAAGUUUGAAGAAGUGAAAAUGUCGGCCGCCGGUACACCAUCAUCUGACCCAUGGGUUAUUCCCAUCAGGGAAAGAAUAAGAUAUGAAGAACAGUUCAGGCAACUUAAGCCAAUCAAUGGAGUUGUCACUGGAGAUCAGGCAAAAGGAUUUCUACUGCAGUCUCAGCUACCUCCAAUGAUUUUGGGGCAAAUAUGGGGAUUGGCUGAUACUGAUGCCGAUGGCAAAAUGGAUAUACAUGAGUUUCUCAUUGCAUGUAAACUGAUUAAUUUAAAACUGAGAGGCUUUGAAAUCCCCAAAGUGCUCCCACCCACUCUGUUGGCAUCAGUAAAGCAGCAGGCACAAACACCACCAUCAAUCCCACCCCUUCCAAACCCAACACUUGUUGGUGCACCUGCUCCCCCAAGGCCUGAACCACCUAAACCAGCAGUUGCCCCAAUGCCUCAAAUGCCUGGUGCUCCAAUCAUGACUCAACCUGUUGCUAAUAAUUUCAUACCAACUGGUAUAGUGCCUCCAAUGCAGAGCAGUAUGAUGGGAAUGCAACCAGUGGCACCUGUGCAGCCACUGGCGCCUGUUUCUGCUGGAAUGUCACCAUUGGGGGCGGCACCAAUUGGAUAUAUUCCUCCCAUGCAACAACCUGUAAUGCCGCCGAUGGGCAUGCAACCUAUGCCCUCUGCCGUUCCCAUGACAACUGUACCACCAAUGGGUGCUGUGCCUCCUAUGAACACCGUUCCCCCGGUGAGCGCCGUACCACCUAUGAGUGCACCUAUGAGUGCGGUACCGCCAGUCAGUGCCAUUCCACCCUUGGCGCCGCCCGCAUCAGUAAUUCCGGCGGCGGUGCCACCAGUUGCUGCCGUGCCGGGUGUGAGCAGCACGCCGAGAACUAGCGUUAGCAGUUUGGAUAAAACAAUGAUGGAGAGUUUACAAGAGUGGGCCGUGCCACAUCCAACAAAAUUGAAAUAUACUCAAAUAUUUAAUACUACAGAUCGGACGAGGAGCGGAUUCUUGACAGGCGCUCAGGCUAGAAACGUCAUGAUGCAGACAAAGUUACCCCAAAAUACUUUGGCGAUAAUUUGGGCUCUUUCUGACAUGGACUCGGAUGGUCGGUUGGGAUGCGAAGAGUUUGUUUUAGCGAUGCAUUUAUGCGAACAGGCCGCAUUAGGACAUCCAAUUCCCACAACUCUUCCUCCUGAAUUAAUUCCACCAACAUUUAAACGACCAGCGCGCACUGCGUCUCGAACUGCGUCUAUAUCAAGUCAGGGCAGUGGUCAACCAGACGUUGAUCUUACUCUUAUAUCACAAAAUUCGUUCGAAGACAAGCGUAAGGAAAACUUUGAGAAAGGACAAGCGGAACUGGAAAGGCGGCGUAAAACACUGUUUGAUCAACAACGUAAGGAGGCCGAGGAACGAGACCGUAAAGAACGAGAAGAAGCGGAGAAGCGCGAAAAGGCUCGCCUUGAGGCUGAACGUAAACGCGCCGAGGAAUUAGAAAAGCAAAUGCGCGAUCAACAGGAGCGCGAACGCAUGCAGGAAGAAGAGCGCAAGAGGCAGGCGGAUCAACGGGAGUCUGCGCGUAAAGAAAUGGAACGACAGAGACAACUCGAAUGGGAGAAGCAGCGAUUGCAAGAAUUACAGCAGCAGCGUCAACGCGAACAGGAGAACGUUCUGAAACUGAAAGCAAAGAAUCAAAGUUUAACGAUUGAACUAAGCACGCUGAAUGAUAACGUUAAAGAAUUGUCGCAGAAAAUAUGCGACACACGUGUUGGUGUUUCAAAUGUAAAGUCUACGAUCGAUGGAAUGCGAUCGACCAGGGAUACUUCAAUGCAGGAAAUGUCUCAGCUAAAGAGCAAACUCAAAGAACAAAACGCUAAGCUUCUGCAGCUUUCGCAAGAAAAGAUUCGAAUGGAAGCAAAGAACAAGAUGAACACAGCAAUGAACGAUAAACAGGCUGAACAGACUAAACUUGCGUUUGAGAAUAAGGAAAUCACGAUUAAGAAUCUAAAGGAAAAGAUUGAAGAUAUGCAAGGAGAGAUUGAUACAAAAAUGUCGGAUAUUGAAAACAAUAAUUCCCAACUAACAGAGCUCAAAGGAGAAUUAACCAAACUAGUGUCGGAAUGUGAGGAUUUAUAUUCUGUUUACGAACAGAAGAAAACCACAGUUCUCGGUAUGAAAGGAUCUACGAAAGCAAAUGAUUAUUCGUCGGCUUGGGGUAAUGACACUAGUUGGGGAUCAACAACUACAGCACCAUCAGCUGCGAAUGAAUGGCCCGCGCAGGAUAGUUGGGCUACAACUGCCACUCCAGUUGCAACCGCAGUUGCUACUGAAGCACCAGCUGGAUCUGUUAGAUAUCGAGCACUUUACGAGUUUUCUGCCCGAAAUAACGACGAAAUAUCAUUCCAACCGGGUGAUAUUAUCAACGUGCCCUUGGAACAAACCGGAGAACCUGGAUGGUUAGCCGGGGAGAUUCGUGGACACACCGGCUGGUUUCCGGAGUCGUACGUUGAGCUCGCUGAUAGUGCUGUUGAUUCUACAACUACUAGUGCAUUCCCGAUUGAAGAAUCAAAACCUUUAGAGGUUGUGGCAGAAGUACCGGAGAUUUCCCAGGAACCAGAAGCUGCACCUGCUUUGGAAGCGACUGAAGAAGGCGAGUAUUACGUCGCUUCGUAUCCGUAUCAGUCAGCGGAAGCCGGCGACCUUACCUUUAGUGGCGGCGAGUACGUACUUGUUAUUAAGAAAGAUGGCGACUGGUGGACUGGAAAGAUUGAUGAUCGUGUCGGUAUAUUCCCAAGCAAUUACGUACAGAAGGCAGAUAAUGCUCCUAGCGCUGCGACUAACGUAACCAGUGCACCUGAUGUUGAGGCGGUUAAAGUUCAGGAAGCGCCACAACCAGUUGCGCAACAGCAGCAACAGGAUGAGGAUAAUGAAGUGUCGCAAAUCAACGAAUGUAACCUACCUGAGAAAACCGACUUUUCCGCCUUGUCCCAACAAGCACAGACUAUUAAAGCUGGUAAAAAACCGGAGAUUGCGUCGGUGAUUGCUCCGUACCAGGCUUCAAGCAACGAGCAAUUGUCACUGGAACGCGGCCAGUUGAUCAUGAUUAGAAAGAAGACGGAUUCCGGUUGGUGGGAGGGUGAAUUACAGGCAAAGGGACGUAAACGUCAAGUAGGUUGGUUCCCUGCAACCUAUGUAAAAGUUUUGAACAGCAGUGGACGUGCCAGUGGUCGUACAACACCUGUCUCUACCACUAGAAUGCAACAAGAAGUUAUUAUUGACAAAGUUAUUGCACUGUAUGCGUAUACUGCCGGCAAUCCCGACGAGCUAAGUUUUCUCAAAGAUGACAUUAUCAGCGUGACAGCAAGGGAGGAAGCGGCAUGGUGGCGAGGUGAGCUGAACGGCGUAUCUGGAUUGUUCCCGAGUAAUUACGUCCAACCACUCCAGCAAUACCAUGCCCACCCGAACCAAUUCCAAUUUCUGCAACAGUCACCGGCUGAAUCUCCGCGAAAUGCGUUUAAUAAGAUUCACCAAGAGUUGACGCGCAAUCUGACCCAACCGGUGAACAACCACACGCCGGUUCGAAACGGUUACAACAAGAAGCGGCAAGAUGGCAUCGACGAGUUGAUCACUACCGAGAUGCAGUACAUUGAAGAUUUGUCCGUGGUUAAGCGUGUUUUUGAAAUGCCAUUGAAGACUAGUAGCAUUCUUAAUCAAAAAGAAUUGGAGAAUAUUUUCGUCAACCUGGACGAUAUUCUUCACUGCAAUCAGAUCUUUCUGGAGGAUCUUCUGGAAAAACUCGAGUUUGAUGAUGAUAUGAUUGGUGAUGUUAUUCUCAAAAACUUACCAAAUAUGGUGCCGUACGUACACUUUUGCAAAAAGCAAUUAGACAGCGCUUCAUACUUGCAGAAACUGUACGAGGAUUCGACACCUUUUCGCGAUAUAUUGCGUAAAUGUCAAGCAGAUCCUGCGCUCAAAGGAUUACCGCUCAGUUCGUUUUUAUUGAAGCCCAUGCAACGUAUUACGAAAUAUCCGCUGUUGAUUGAGAAAAUCAUUGAAAAUACCCCUGACAAUCAUCCUGAUUAUCAAGAUUUACUGGAGGCGCGUUCAAUGGCAGAUAAGUUUUUAAAGCGCAUAAAUGAAAACAUGCGACAGAAGGAAGACUAUGAACGAUUGAUGUGGCUUCAGGAGCAUAUAUCACAGAAUGAGUUUAGUAUUAACUUCAAUGGGAAUACAAAUAAAGUUGGACCUCGUACUCUGUUACACUAUGGAUGUUUAACAAAAGUAAAAAGUGGAAAAGAAUUGCUUGGUUUUUUGUUGAGUGACUUUAUUUUGUUGGUUCAACCAAGUAAAUCGAUUACACAAUUUACUUUUCAACGCAACACCAACGUAACGUAUAAGAUCUAUAAACAGCCAUUAUUGAUACACGAAAUUCAAGUUUCGAAAACACCAAUCGAAGCGAUCGACAAUCUUACUAAUGCCGAUCGCAUCAUCAGUAUUCAGCAAGACGGAAAACAACCUGUUUCACUUCUUACUACUUCAGCAAAUGAAUGCAAUUUGUGGGUGAAGCGAAUCGAAAUCGCACAAGAAAUGCACGAAAAGGCAAUUUCGCUUACCCGUACGAGAUUGCGCUCAACUGUUAACCCGAACACUUGGCCGAAUUGGUUGACUGUGUAUGUAACUAGCGGGCACGAAAUUUUCCCUAAAUCAAAUUGUACUAACCAUGCCAAACGCAAAACCCUUAAGCCAGGACGAUCCUUUGUACAAAAUGUCUACUGCAAGGUGGCAUUGGGCGAAUGCGUCCAGAAUACAAAUGUUGCGAUGGACGAGCGAAACGGGAACAUUUUAAACGGAAUUCCACAACCGCCGGCCUUGGUUUGGAAUGACUACAUGCAGUUCCCGAUUCAUGAAAUUGCUCAGGAUGUCGUCACGUUGACCGUGUUUGAAAUGUGUCCGUUUAGUCCAGAUGAAUUUUUGGGUCGUGCCGAGAUGAAAGUAAUGGACUUAUAUCAAGAGUGGUUGGUAAGAAGGUUAAAGGAACCAAUCACCAAGAAAUUAAUUCUGCAUCAGGUGGAGUCCGGUGAGGUAGUAAUCAAAUAUGACUUGCAAUUGUUUGACGCGUUUUGAAAUGUCGACCAUUAUGGAUGCAUGCGAUGGGAAUUAUUAUAACUGCCAGAAAACACGACAAUAUUUACUCUAACGUUAUUGAAAGUUUCUAUUAUCAAUUUUACUCCAACUAUAUUCAAGUUGCUAUACAGUAUACACGAGCACUAUACAAAUUAUACACGCAUUAAUGUUUUUCAAGUGAGUAUUUAUAUUUACACUCUUGUAAUGAAUGUGACACGAAUUUUGAUGACAAUUACGUCCAUUUCAAUUUUAUAAUAUGCUCAUUGAGCAAUAAUAUUGGUGUAGCUAUAUAGGUAGCUAUAUAAGUACAACUAUACAACUAUAGAUUGCAAAUAGUACCUUUAUUAUGUUUACAAUUUAAAACUGUUUGUUGUAAUUAGUAAUAUUAUUUAUUUAUUUUGAGGGCAUGUAAAUGUCAUUGCUAAACUCAAACACGUUCCUAAUUAGUACAAUUUUAAUGUGUAUGAUAUAUUGGAUGUAUUUGAACAAUAUUAGCUUGGUGCACAAUGCUCAGACGUUAAUCUGUCCAAUAUAUAAAUAUACUGAUCAUCAGUGAUAAUUAGAAGUAUAUAGAAAUGAUUAAGUUUUAAAAAGAUGUAUAAAUAUUUGUUAAAAGUAAAAAUUGAUUCUUUAGUGUCUCAUGUGCGAGAUAAGAUUUGGAUAUUUGCAUUGUUUGCCAGAAUGUAUACAUGUGCCAUUCUACAUACAUCAUUAUUAUAAUCAAAUAAUCGAGAGUGCAAAUAAUAUAACAAUAACACUUUACAGUUUAAAAUGUAGCGGCUAUUAAAAUUAUAAUAUACUAUGCAUAUAUGCUCAUGUUUACUAGAAAAA